ACAGUUUUUACGCACGCAUCCAUACACACACACACACACAUAUAUAUAUACUGAGGGUGACUUGUAUAGGCAGCCAGUGGGGAGAGAGAGAGAGAGAGAGAGAGAGAGAGACGCGCUCUCAUAAACAGAAAGGUACACAGAAGAGAGUGGACGACAGAAAGUAAGAGAAGGAGGAGGACGUCGGUGGUUCCAGAGCAUCUCCAGCGCACCUCUUCAUUCCAGCACGCUCACGGAUCUUAAACGACUACUACACACGUUAUCUUCCUCGAGUUUGCUCCACAGAGAUUAAUAUUUUUGCAAACAACUUUUUUUUAUUUAUUUAUUUUUUAGUUGAGAGAGACGCGAUUCCUGGGAGAGUUUUUGGUCAUUGCCCCCCUCCCAAACCAAGUGUUUCCAUCCCUCGAGAACUUUUAAAAAGUAAAGCCCUUGUUGGUUUCAGGGCUCGGCUUCACUUUUUCCACGUGUACCACGGUGCCCCAGCUUCUGACAUAAACGUGUCACCUUGAGAUUUUUAUUUGCCUUCAGGUUUCAGACUCUUUUCCUCCAAACUUAAUUUUAAGUCACUAAUGCACAAACGAGAUAGAACAAAAAUGAAAUUUCAAAAAUCAGGACAGUCCCCAGUCUUGUGUGAUUCUUGUCCUAAAUGAUCACAUCAUUAAACAGAUUAUUCUGGUUUUUUACAGUUUACAAGCUGUUUGACUUUGAAAAUCCGAGCAACAGAGUUCACCUGCAGCAUCUCAUCCGCUCAGCCGACACUUUGAUUUGGACUUUUUACCCACAGAACUGCCACUUUGUGACUAUUUAAAGACAGAGAUCCAGUCUGUCUGAACAUCGCACUCCACGCAGUUCAUUCAUUCUGAAAACACUCUUGUCGGUGAUAGAGCGCUUUCAAUGCGUAAAGGAGCCCUGUGCUUUUACGCAAAUAAACUUUGAUAUCAAACUUUUUAAUUCGCCCCGGGAACCAAGAUCUAUCCAUUUUUGUCACAAAUAGAGUUUCAACACAACUUACACCAACUUUUUGAAACUCGUCCCAGAGCUCCAUAGAGACCGCUUGGCUCUCCAUCACCAUGCUGUUCGACAGUUUCGACCUCGUCUCGGCUCUGGCCACUCUGGCCGCCUGCCUGGUGUCCAUGGCCCUGCUCCUCGCUGUCUCCCAGCAGCUGUGGCAGCUCAGAUGGACGGCCACGCGAGACAAAAACUGCAAGUUGCCCAUGCCCAAAGGAUCCAUGGGUUUCCCCUUCAUCGGCGAGACCUGCCACUGGCUCCUGCCGGGCUCAGGCUUCCAUGCGUCGCGGAGACAGAAAUAUGGCAACGUGUUUAAGACUCAUCUUCUGGGUCGCCCUCUGAUCCGGGUGACGGGCGCUGAGAACGUUCGCAAGGUGCUGAUGGGUGAACACACACUGGUGACAGUGGACUGGCCUCAGAGCACUUCCACUCUGCUGGGACCCAACUCGCUGGCCAACAGCAUCGGAGACAUCCACCGCAAGAGGAGGAAGGUGUUUGCUAAAGUGUUCAGCCAUGAGGCCUUGGAGUCCUACCUCCCCAAAAUCCAGCAGGUCAUCCAGGAGAGCCUUCGAGUGUGGAGCUCCAACCCUGAGCCCAUCAAUGUGUACAGGGAAAGCCAGAGGCUGUCAUUCACCAUGGCAGUGAGGGUGCUGCUGGGAUUCAGGGCGUCUGAAGAGGAAAUGAGACAUCUGUUCUCAACCUUUCAGGACUUUGUCGACAACCUGUUCAGUCUGCCCAUAGACCUGCCAUUUAGCGGCUACAGGAAGGGCAUCCGUGCACGAGACACCCUGCAGAAAAGCAUAGAAAAGGCCAUCAGGGAGAAGCCACUGUGUUCCCAAGGGAAGGAUUACAGCGACGCACUGGACAUCCUGAUGGAGAGUGCCAAAGAGAAUGGCAGUGAGCUCACUAUGCAGGAACUGAAGGAGUCAACCAUUGAACUGAUCUUCGCUGCCUUUGCCACCACUGCCAGUGCCAGCACCUCUCUCAUCAUGCAGCUUCUCCGUCACCCUACCGUCCUGGAGCGACUGAGGGAGGAGCUGAGAGCCAGGGGCCUCCUUCACAAUGGCUGCCUCUGCCCCGAACAAGAGCUGAGGCUGGACACCAUUGUCAGCCUCAAGUACCUGGACUGUGUCAUCAAGGAGGUGCUGAGACUCUUUACGCCCGUCUCAGGGGCCUACCGAACCGCCAUGCAAACCUUCGAACUUGACGGAGUCCAAAUUCCCAAGGGCUGGAGUGUGAUGUACAGCAUUCGAGAUACCCACGACACUGCCGCAGUCUUCAAGGAUGUGGAUGCCUUUGACCCCGACCGCUUCAGUCAGGAGCGGGGAGAAGACAAGGAGGGACGUUUCCAUUACCUGCCCUUUGGCGGUGGUGUCCGAUCCUGUCUGGGCAAGCAGCUCGCCACUCUCUUCCUCCGCAUCCUGGCUAUUGAGCUGGCAAGCACCAGCCGCUUUGAGCUGGCCACCCGGCAGUUCCCCCGUGUGGUCACAGUACCUGUGGUCCACCCUGUCGAUGGGCUGAAGGUCAAGUUUUAUGGCUUGGACUCCAACCAGAACGAAAUCAUGGCCAAGUCAGAAGAGCUGUUGGGAGCGACGGUUUGAAACCAGAGACUGGGUUGGGGGUUGGUGGUGGUGGGGUGGGAGGGGGAGUAAGUGAUUGAAAUUUUUAAAGAGAAGAGAGAAACUGAAGGAAGAACAGAAGGGAUUUCAGAGCUAUUUUUUCUUCCCCACCUUUAUUGGAGGUUCCUUUUCAGACUAAAAGAAAAGCAGAAGUCUUCAUCUUUUGUUACAACUGAUGACGAUUGGGACUUUCCUUUAAAGAAGGAAGAAGCUGCCAAAAAGUUUGCAAUUAUGCUCUAUUCUGUGUAUUUUUAAAGAAAUAUACAAACAAAAUGUAUGCACAAAAACUUAUGUAAUAUAUUUUGAAAGAGAAUGUGGGUAGUACACAACGGGACAAAGAUACUUCUCAUAAAAUGAAGUGCUGAAAUUAGGAAAGAUGGUUGUGGAAGGAAGGCGAGAUGGAUGAAACAGGGUAUGGAUGAAAGAAUCUGGUCUGUUUGGUGCCAGAAUUCGUCACGGUGGCACCCUAAUUCACAACAUAUUUUCUGCUUAUUUGAAAAUGAUUUGAAAAGAAUGAGAGAAAUCAGUGGUGGAUCCAUUUUCCAUCAAAAGCCCAUAAAAAUUAUAAUUGUUUACUAAUUUACAGAUGAGGCCAGAAGAAUCAUACCAUGCUGGGCAGCAGGCUGUGGUGCAGAGACUGCAGUGCCGAGCUGCACUAUUUAUUCAAAGGGUAUCAUUGUGCAAAUAUUCUGAUCUGUUGAACAUUUUACUGCUAAUUAAAAUGAAGUAUCAGAUCAGGCAGAAAGCUAUAUGCUUAGAAAUGAGGGAUGGAAGAUAGACUGGCUGGAUAUUUUAAGGGGCAAAAAACACAACAUUUGGCAGUUUCUUCAGUUUCUUAUGGUAACCUUACUUGCUGGAUUUUGAUGCCUAGUUUCCAUACUUCCAUAUAUUUUCCACAGGCUGCCCAUCUGCAUCGACUCCAAAUGUUGCCCAUAUAGCAUUCCCUAGUAAUCUUGGUGGUGUGAACUCCAGUGCAGAGUAGAUGUGGCGAAUAACAAAGUAUUUCUGUGGCAUCCAAUAUUUAAACUCGGACCAAGGGCACAUACAAAGAUUCACUUCCUUAUUGCAGUUUCACAACUGGAUGGAGGUGAAAAGCUGUCAGUUACUUUGCUUUCUUUCCACAUAAACAAAAACAUAUCAGGGGUGUCCUAGACUAUUUCCUCUCACUUGACAUAUUAGCUGAUACAAAAAAUUUCACAUCACCUCCAAGAAAAGAAUUUUGGUGCUGCAAGCAGAAUCAACCAACAGGGAUUCCCAAUUGGCAUCACACAGAAUAAAAGUAUCUGAAACCUCUCAAACAUUAAGGUCCAGUUCUGCUCUGUAAACACCUUGAACCUGCGCUUUGGUUUAUACAGUAUGCUUAUAUGCUGCAUGGAUAAUGUAUUCUACAGGACAGUGACUUUAUCUUGCAACAAGAAUACGAUAAAGAAAUUGCUCUCAUGAAGCAACGCACCCUCCUGGAUUGGAGGAAGAAAAAAGACAAAGGGAUAAGGUGGAGGUGGAGAAGAGAAGACAUAUAUGCUGCUGGUGUGUGCUGGUUUAUUGCUGUCUCCCCUUGGGGCUGUCAUUUUGAGUUCUGUUGAGAAGAUGGCAAUCUGUAUUACUGAUCCUCCAAUCAAUGCUAAAAUAGCAAAAAAAAAAAAAAAAAAAAAAAAAAAAAAA